GAAGACGACGGUGAUUAGUAUGCGGAUCAAUUUACUGAGGAUGCGGUGUUGGUUAUUGGGGUUAAGAGGGUCAAGGGGAGGGAGGGUGAGUUUUGAUUCUUUUCUUUAGUUAAUAGGGAUUGGGUGAGGGAGAAGGGGUUAUGUGGUUUUGUGGUUUGAGAGAGGGUGGUGACGUGUGUGAAGGAGACGGAGGGAAUAAAGAUAAUGUCGGGGGUUGCGGGAGGAAGAGGGAGGAGGAGGAAGCGCAAGUGCCUUCUCUAGAGAACACGAACCGAGACAGGAGAGAGACUACACCUUUUAUCCUUCCGAAACAACGAUGAGUUUCAUGAGGAAAUAAAAAGAGAGGAAACAAAAUCUGAGAUACGUCAGAAAGAAAACACUAACCAUCCCCCCAAAACCCAGAAAUCCUUGCUUUCAGAAAAUUCAUGUGGGAAAAAGUAGCAAGUCGUUUGCAUACUGUGCAUAAGAUUUUUCCUUUCGGACAGGAUUCUACAGAGGUUAUGUUGUUUGGGAAUGUGGCUGUGAGUUUCGUUUUUGUUUUUCUUGAGUUUGGUUAAGUUUGGAGUUUUGAAGGAGACAGAGGGAGAUCAAACUCCAAGGUAAAAAAGGAGAGAGGAAAAAGAGGAAGCAAAGGAGGAGGAUAAGAGUGCAUGAAGUGAGAUGAGGUUUAAUAAGAUAAAAUACUGAUAUCCUGUAUGAACACAGUAUGGAUUGAAAGAUGGGAGAAAAGCAGAUGUGAGUAUCAUUCGUUUAUUCAUUCAUUCCUUUCACUUCAGCUCCUUUCUUUUCCAUGAGAAUCCUCUUCUCUUUGAAUAAAACAUGUGCUGAUAUGGAGAUAGGUUGAAUGGGCUGGCCGGGCAAAAUUGGUUCAGGAGGGCGGCAAAUGGAAAUUAGGGUUUUAUCAGGUUUAUUUGGUGAGUGGAUUUUUGGUUUGCUUUGGUUGCUGAGAGAUGGGAGGUCGGGGAAUUGGGAGAGGCAGUACAAUCGGGGAAAGUAUGGGGACAUGGAGAAUGAUUAACGCUGAUGAAUGGUAUCUAGGAUUCGGCUGCUGUGCAGAAUGCUAAAUAGAGGAAGAGGCAAGAAUGAGAGGAUGGAACUGAUGGAGAAAAGUGACAGUGGAAUAUACAAAUGGAAGUAUGCGAGGCUUUAUGUCAGAGGAUGUUGGAUAAGAAUUAUACG